CUCCACAGUUAGCAGCCAUCAGUCGUGGUCGGUCUUAGGAUUUGCAUUACAAUCGAAUCAAAAUGAAGAUUGCCAUUGUGCUUGUAUCCCUUUUGGGAAUAGUUGCCUGUUCCCUGGCCACCACUACCUACGAUGAUUUGCUUUGGGACUCCUACAAAUCGGACUUCAACAAGGUCUAUAUAACUCCGUUCGAAGAGGAUCGGCGUAAGCAGAUCUUCCUGAAAAACGUGGAAGUUAUCGAUGCCCACAAUGAACGUUAUUUCGCCGGUGAAGAGACCUAUGAGCAGGGAAUUAAUGAGUUCACCGACAGGUUGGAUCAAGAGAUCGCAAUCGGUGAAAGUGAUGACUCCGACGAAUUUGAAGAUGUGGAAAUGGAACCAACCGUUUGUUUAAACGAAGGAGUGAACAUUAAAAUCCCAGCACAUGUCAACUGGACUCAAUUGGGCGCCGUCUCUCCAGUUGCAAAUCAGGGACAUUUCAACAAUUCCUGGGCCUUUGCAGCAGCCGGUGUCGUGGAGAGUCGUCAGUUCAUUAAGACUGGCAAAAUGGUUGUGCUCUCCAAGCAAAACCUGGUUGAUUGCUGUCACGCUAGAGACCAUCUAACGGCAAGUGCUCUGAUUUGCAUUAGAAAGAAGGGUGGCAUUGACACUGAGGCAUCGUAUCCCUAUCGCGGAAUUGCUGGAAGAUGCCGCUACAGUAAGAGGACCAUUGGAGCUAAAAUCAAGAAGGUCUUCCAAGUGCGUCCUGGAAAUGAGACCAUUUUGGCGCUUACCGUUGCCAAAGGUCCAGUUGCUGCUGUCAUUUCACUUGAUGCGCUCAAGAGUUACAAGAGCGGCGUGUUCCAUAAUACAAGAUGUUCACAAGCUCCAAACUUUCCUGUGCUCGUUGUGGGUUAUGGCCAUGACAAGAGCGCUGGAGAUUUCUGGAUCCUCAAGACUCCAUUGGGCACCAAUUGGGGAGAGAAGGGUUAUUUGAGACUCGCACGUGGAAAGCAAAACCUUUGCGGUAUUACCAACAGGGCUUACUAUCCCAAAUUUUAAACACUAUUUCCAAUUUUUAAUUUUAUUCAAUUCACGUUUUAAUUUUGGAGACAUUCACAAUUGCUUAACAAUUAUUACUUACAUAUUUAUAAUACUUAAAACAAAUCGUUAUUUAUUUAAAUUCAUCUAUUAAUUGUUGUCAUAUUCAUAAUUAUUAUAUUCACAAUAAAUUCGUAAUAUUCUUGAGCAAUCCUA